AUGAAACACCGUUCUGGUAACCCAGGAUCCGAUGACCAGGUCUACCGCCCCAGCACGCCGGAAUCGAGUAUGCAUCUCAUCCCCAAAUCGUCCCGCAACUCGGUCGUGUACACGAACUAUGAAGCCUCGAUCAACUCCCUCAACGACAUAUUGGACAGGGAUGAUAGGGCGUCGCUUGCGGAGCUCCAUCAGUACCUUUUGGACGACCAUAUGCAAACGCCGCCGCCCGGGGCGGGCAAGCGGACGUCGACCUCGUCCGCCGGCUCUCGCAAGUCGGACCGGAGGCGUUCGCUGCCUGUGAGCGUGGAGCUGUCGCCUACGGUCUCCGAGUUCGAGCGGCCAGACGUAACCGACUUCCAAUGGCGCCGCCGCAAGGCGGCCAAGUUGACGCAGUUCUUUGGCGUCAACCACCGCGAGGUCAUCGAGGAAGUACUGAGCAGCAUCGAGCACGGGCUCGAGUUCGAGCGGGAGCGUGGUGCCAUCGAGGCAGAGGAAGCAGAGGAGCUGCUGCGCAAGAUUCGACACAUCAAAAAGAAGCGGUCGAGCCUUACCUGA